CAGAGACGUAAGAGGCACAUUAUUUGCAAGUUGGUCCCGACGAGGUCUCAGGCUGUUUUGGAAGUUUUUACGGAGAACUAUGCUGGCCGACCAGUGAGGAAGGUCUCCUGCCGACCGGUACAGCGAUUUCUCAAGGUUACCUACGAAACUACGAAUGCUUCACCUCAUGUUGCCGGCUUCUUCAAGACGCUUCUACUCUAUCUUGGUUCGAUCAAAUCCACCCUCGUAGAUAUCUUUUUACCACAAGGAUAUCCCUAUUCGGUAAGUGAGGAUUAUCUCCAGUACCAGAUAUGGGACACAUUGCAAGCCUUUGCAAGUUCAAUGACUGGAGCCUUGGCCACUGAAGCUGUAUUGAAAGGAGCAGGAGUAGGCGAUCAGGCUGCGUCCGCUCUUGCGGCUUCUCUUACAUGGUUAGCAAAGGAUGGGCUCGGAAUGGUUGGACGAAUCGCAUUUGGUUUUUUCAAAGGAUCAGAACUUGAUUCCGACUGCAAAAAGUGGCGGCUUGUCGCUGAUAUCAUGAACGACUUGGCGUUCUUUAUCGACCUACUUUCGCCUGCUUUUCCGGGUUCGUUUUUCGUUUGCGCCUGUUCGUCGUCUUUACUGCGAUGUGUCGUUGGUGUAGCUGGAGGAGCUACAAGAACUGCCAUCAUUCAGCAUCAGGCUCGUCGCAAUAACCUCGCAGAUGUGGCUUCGAAGGAUGGCAGCCAAGAGACGAUGGUGAAUGUGACUGCACUUCUGGCUUCGUUUAUUUUACUGCCUCUGGUGUUUACUAUCAUACACUUGUAUGCGAUCUAUCAAGCUGUACGUUCGCCGAGGUUGGAAACCCUGAAUCUCGAGCGGGCCACUAUACUUGUUGGGUGCUGGCUGGAGUCCGGCAAAAUCAUGGACGUGAAUGAGUGCAAUAACAUUGAACCGCUGUUUUCAUCAUUCGGGACAAGAUUCCUUGGGUGUUCAUUGUCGCACCUAAUGUCAUAUCAGAACAGGGUACCAUCUGCGAAGCUACGUACUACUGACGCAUACACGUUGCUCCUCGACACACGAAGAAAUAUUGGUUGGAUUGCAUUAGCUGAUGGCGUCUCCAAGCAGUCAUCCCUGAACGCCAUUUUCGAUUUGGAAGCCCUUAUGAGGGACGAAAAUCGUUCCGUGGAAGAAUUCAAUACUUUCCUGGAUCAGCUGAGAGCCCAAAAAUGGAGAACCGAUGGAAAUAAUUUGGGUUUCGAUGAGUGGACCUACUCCAGGAAAUAA